ACGACGCCGCGCUCUCGGCUUCGAAACGCGAAAGCGCGAUCGCGAAGUGCCGCGACACGAGGACGGGAUCCUUUUUAGGAUCCCUCGAGCGAAUAUCCGUUUACGAGCUUUCGGAAAUCGCAUGCAAACGCUUCCUCGAGCACGCAUCUGAGAAAGCGAAACCGAAACGCGUGAAGGAAGAUCGUAACGUCGUUCCAAAAUUGGCAUUACUUGAUUUCUCGGGGACAAAAUCGAAAUCAUGCGGAAAAAUGAUAGUCGUUAUUGUAAAUUGUCGAACUAGGUGUCCCUGAAUGUGACGGCAAUUACGAGAAUCUGUUAUUGCGCGAGAAAGAUCUGUUGAAGGUGACUCGAUUUUUCAGAAGAUCCCUGAGAUUUAACGGAUUGAUUAUUAGUGUGUGUGCGCGUGUGUUACAAUUUGACAACAAGGCUGAAUGAGAAUACCGCGUGAAUUUCGGUACCUCAAAGAACAUCUUCAAGAUCUUUGGUUCUCGAGAGAAGCAUUUUUUUACAGUUUCGAUAUUCUUCCAAUCAAAGCCGUGUGUUGCUCAAAAGAUCCUCGCUACUCUUGGGGAAUUCGUAGAUCCUGAAUCUUGAAGGGUAAAAGGAUUCAGUGUAGUGGAUAGAAUAGUGGAAUAUUUUUCGGAAGUGUCCUCAACUUGACGCGCAAAGAUGCUCCAAGUGCUGUAGAUCUCAAAUUUGUAAGAGAGAUCCUCAAAAAUUGGCGAACGAGAAGCGUCUUAAUAAAAAGUGCUGGACAACAUUUUUGCAAAGUGUUUACCCUUUGAUCUAUUUAACGCCUCGCUAGAAAAAAAAUCCAUAGCAUUGUUAAAACAAUUUAUGAAUUCUAAAUCUACAAAAAAGGCGUUUCCUCAUCAUAAAAAAACUUGCUAAAUACUUUAGCGAAGCAAUACGUUUUGAUUUUUCCACUGUGUACAUAAUCUUGGCGCCUUCCAAAAAUCGUGAUACUGCGAGGAUGAUCUAUAGAUUCUAAAUCUACGAGCAAGUAAGAUUAUUGACAGUAGAAAAUCUGAUACGAUGAGAACUGUAGCGAAGUGUAAAUCCUUCCAUUUUGUAUCUAUUACACGGUGUACUAAAAAAAAAAUAUCUUUAGCAUCAGUCAGUCGAUACUUUGCUAGAAAUUAAAAUCGUGAGAUUUUGGUUUAUCGAACCUGCGAGAGAAGAAGGAUCUCUCGUGGAGUCUCAAUGAACACUUUCAUGAAGUAUCCGAGUCCUGCAACUUCACCUUCGACUAACUUGCUCAAGGGAUCACUACUUGGUCAAGGAUUAGUUGCGGAUCCCAAUAGUCGAAUAGGGAAAGGAGCAGCUCCCAAAUAGCUAAGAGACAUCUUGAAACGGUGAUUGCAACAUUGAGGGCGCAGACAAGUCCCCACUCGCCGUGCCAUCAAUUCCGCAGACGGAUCGCUCUUCCGUUUGCGGGAGUUGGUCCUACGAGUGUAGGAUUCGAGUGUGUAUGUGUGAUGACGAUGAGGAUCGCGCCGCGGGGAUCACCGAGGUGACUCGCGGCGGCUCUUGGGGGACCGAGCGGCGGCACCGCGGCUCGCAGGAUGCUGCGGACGAGGAAAGCGGAAGGAAGAUUUCGCGCUGUAGAAUCGGCCCCGGCCGACUGGUAGGACCGAUGACAGGGCAUGGCGGUCUAAGGGCGCGCGUCAUGCCACGCGUCGCCGGGACGCUCGCGUCGCGCUCGCGGCCUCUACUGACGACCCUCACGACGUUGCUCGUCGCGCUGUCCUGCUGCUGCGCUCGCGCUAGCGAAUUCCCCGAUCGGGAAUGCUGCGACCCACCCUACCCGAUCCCGGAGCCCACCGGCAGGUCCACGUCCGCGCCGACGCCGACCGGAAGAAGCGGAUCCGGCAUCAAGGUGCCGAUGGCCAUCCUGAAUUGCCUCUACGCUCGCCAAUUAUGCUACGAGGAUCCGUCGUGCAGUGCCAUUUUGGAGAUUAUACCGAGAGUUUGCGGUCCAGAAUUAGUGGCUUGCUCGACGGUGACGGUGACUAAGUGUCGGGCUGCUCUACGCACCCUGCAGGCUUUCACUUUCUUCCGACCGACGUGCCUCUGCAGGGAGCCGCAUGUCGAUCCGGACUGCAACAGCUUCCUGACCUUCCUGUUCGACCAUCCGUGCGACCUCGUGGAAUUGAAAGACAAGGAUCCAUACCCGAUAAUAGACGCAUUGCCGACGUGCAAUCAUGCACACAGUGUUUGUGCGCGCGAAAAGUCUUGCAGUCAGAUCUUCAAGAACUUCAAGACCAACUGCAAGAUUGAAGAGGGCCAGUGCAGAAUGGAGAAUCGAGAUGCGUGCCAUGAGUCCUGGACUCAACUGCGAUUAUCACCGAUGUUCGGCUGCAUAUGUCCGAUUAAUCUUCAUGGCAAGAAAUGCGACAAAAUCUUCUCGAUGGUGAAUCGCAAUCCCUGCGUUGUGAAGGUCAUCGCCCAUCCCGACAAUUCCACCAGCUACGAGGUGAUUGAAUCGCAGUUGGAGAAUCCGCUGAUCGACGCCCAGCACCGAGACCUACUCGCCAUGAAGCAAAUCCCCAUUCCAGGCGGACAUCAUCAUCGCAGUCAUCACAGAAAGAACCAAACUGACGAUGUGGAACAGGGCGUGAUGCUAUCGUCCUCCUCGCCGGACGUCGACCAACCGGUUAAGUUGAUCCUGUCAAGCACGUGUCACCACGCUUAUACGUCGUGCAAAAACGAUCCGGAAUGCAAGAACUUGCUGCAACCUGUUCUGAACUACUGCGAGUCAACGGCAUGCACGAGGAACGUGUGCAUGGAAGCGCUGCAACACUUCUAUAAGAACGCUAAUCACAAACAUACCUUGGAAAUCGCCUUCUGUCUUUGCAGAAAAACGAACGACAAGAAGGAUGAAUGCAUAGUGGCGCAAGAGAAAACGCAUCCAAUGUGCGCACAGCGCAUGGACGAUGCUGAAAUGCCGACGUGUCACAGUCUGGCCAAGAGUUGCAAAGCGAACAAAGUGUGCAGGAACAAACUGGAAAACUAUGAGCAGAGCUGCGCAGUCGACAGCGUAACAAAGAAGUGCGCCGGACCAACUGCAGAAUGCAGGAAAGCAAUACUGGGCAUUCUUGGCACUGAAAUACACACCAAUUGCGUCUGCAAAGGCACUGAAAUCAAUCAGCUUUACGGCUGUUUAGGCUGGCAACGGCUUCUCUGGGUGAAUCCUUGCGUAGUGGAAUCGCAGAAGGACUACCACGCACGCAGGAAACACCAUCAUUCACGAAUGACAACGCCGAAGACGACGACAACGACAAUGACGACGACGACGACAACGAUGAUCGUUGCAUUGACGACAAGGUCGCCGGCAAGCACGACGGCGACCAUCGCGGUCGAGAAAACGGAAGAUAAUCGAAUACCGGAAGUAACGAAGUGGCCGACCACCGAACCUACGGAAACUUGGGAAAUCACGACCACCACCACUAUGAGCACUACGCCGAGCACCACCACGACGCCGCCGCGCUUCUGCGUGGUUCAAAGAGCGAGUCACAGUCACCAAUACAUAAGAGAGGGCAAGGGCAAAAGGAUGUAUCACAAAAAUGAUUCCUCGGAGAACGAUUGCUCGGAUAUUUGCCACUGCGGUGAGGGCGAGCAACUUGUCUGCCAUGUCAUCUGUGUUGAAAUGUCACCCUGCAAGACGGACUUCGCUUUCUACAACCACAAAGCGCCGGCCUACCAGGCGCAUCGGGGUCCUUGCCUUUGUUAUAGCGGCGGCUUUAUAUGCAUGCGGCCUUCGCCUGACACAUACAAUAUUCCGCACGGGGUUUUCAUGUUCCUGGGAUACAGCGAGAAGGAAGAGACCUUUUUGAAGCAGCACAACAACGUGACCGUGCUGGACGCGGUGUCGUCUCUCGACAAUUUCAUGAGAGAGGAAGUCAAUAAUCAGACAGUAUGCACGCUCUUCUUGUACAAUGCGACCCGAGAAAACGUGAUUGCAGUGGCGCGGCUCGGAACCGACAAUCCACCCUUAAAUAGCAGCCAGGCUCAGAGUUUGCAGCAUCUGCUGCGCGUCAAGGAGGAGUGUGCGUCGAUGAUGCAAGACCUCAGUGAAAAGAUCAACAACAAGCACCACGAGGUGCACACGCAUCCGCUGCUCUCGAUCUUCAAGAUGGCCGAGGUCGAGGUGAAAAUGCCGUACACCAACGAGGCGGCGAUCUCCAGGUCGUCGUCAACGUUCUUCAUCGUUCUACUCGCAGUCGGCCUUCUCGGGUCGGCGUGUCUCUGCGGCUCGUGACAGGGACACGAAGACACCGCGAAGAGUCUGUAUCGAGUGUCUCCCUCGCAAAGGAUCGCCACGUGCCGCGGGCACGUGAUCGCGGUAGCUCCGACAGCGGAGUCCAUUCGUACGAGAGAGGACUCGAGGCCUUAAAGGGCGCAGAUCAACGAAGGGAAGGAUUCCCGCUUUCUCCUCGAUCGUUGUGCGGAUCGACAGAUUGCAGGAAUCGAUCGGUGAAUCCGCAUAGCGAUCUCCACUCGUGCUUACCGAUCGCGGAUCGCUCACCGCCCCUCUGAGGACAUUAUUACAUACACUCAUGUUUAAUGAUACUUUUUUAUUAUACUUCAAAAUAAGAGUGUCCUCGAGUCUUGUCUUUAACCCUUCGACUGCCACGGCUUGAACACAAUUCUAAAUUUAAUUCUGAAACAUAUCAUUGUCAAUUAAUAUUAAUUUUUUACAAACAGAAAUAUAUUUAUUUUCUUUC